GCGGACCUGGCGCACUUGCAGGGCAUCCUGCGGCGGCGGCAGCUGUACUGCCGCACCGGCUUCCACCUGCAGAUCCUGCCCGACGGCAGCGUGCGCGGCACCCGCCAGGACCACAGCCUCUUCGGUAUCCUUGAAUUCAUCAGUGUGGCAGUGGGACUGGUCAGUAUUAGAGGCGUGGACAGUGGCCUUUACCUUGGAAUGAAUGAAAAGGGAGAACUCUAUGGCUCUGAGAAACUGACUUCUGAGUGCAUCUUCAGGGAGCAAUUUGAGGAAAACUGGUACAACACCUACUCAUCCAAUGUGUACAAACAUGGGGAUUCAGGGCGGAGGUACUUUGUAGCACUUAAUAAAGACGGUACUCCCAGAGAUGGGGCAAGGUCCAAAAGACACCAGAAAUUCACGCAUUUCUUACCCCGGCCUGUGGAUCCUGAAAGAGUUCCAGAACUGUACAAAGAUGUGUUAGGAUACAGCUGAGGAAAGAGGUAGCUUUGGCAAAAAAGAAAACUGGAGCUGUUGCCCGUGCUUUCAUGGCAAUGCCAGCAUGAGGAACCUGCCGAGGUCUGGGCUGCUGGAUGUGAAGAACCUGCUUGGUGAUAGGCAGGUCUCUGUUUUCUAACCACUGGAUUUAGGAGACAAAGCCUUGAAGCUGAGCAUGGAUGGACCAGCCUCCUCAAGACUUGCCAGUCACCAGGGGGAAGUGUGACUUCUUAAAACGUAACGAACUCUCAGCAAUUCUGCCCGGAUUACCUGUGGCCUGUAGGUUAGCAAGGAACCAUCUACAUCACAUGGAUGAGACAAUGGCUGGAAAAAAUAGAAAGAAAUGGACUGUGAAAUAGUGACAAAUCUGAGAACUGUGUGUGAAGUUUUACACGCUCCACGCUAGUGAUGGACGUUAGCUGUCAAUGCAUAGUAGUCAAAACUGGAAAUUUUCUUCAGGAUGGACCUAUUUAUACAUCUCCAGAUAGCAUAUAUUUAUUUUAUAUAUUUAUUUAUUAAAGAGUUUAUUUUUUACUGGGAUAUGAAGAGAAUACAAGUUCCUAACCCCAAUGAGAAAUCAUUUACAGUGCCAAUAUUUACUCUGGGUCAUAUCAUAAUACAGAAAUUACAUUACCUUGCAAUGCAUCCAAAACCUGAACGUUUGUGUUUCGCUGUUUAUCAGCUACAGAUUUUAUGUGCAUACCAUUGCCUUGUAACUGUCCUUAUUUGGAAAAGAAUGUUUAAUUUUUUUUUUUUUACUUAUGAGAGUGCCUUACAGAUUGUAUUAAAUUCAAAUGCACAUUUGA